AUGGAGUCCAUCCGUUCCUCAAUCGAGUCACUCAAUGUGUACAUCGGCCGGUCAACCUUCGGAAGGAUAUUUCGUCUCGGCGGCUGUGGGCAUAAAGAUGAGAUCCUACAUACGAAGUUCACUACCGAAGUGCGGGCAGGACUUACGUCCUUCUUCACAAUGGCAUACAUCAUAGCAGUCAAUGCCACUAUUCUUGCCGACACUGGAGGCAACUGCGUAUGCAAUGAUGCAACAGACCCUAUAUGUUUGACGAACACCGAGUACCUCAUCUGCAAGCAGGAUUUGAACCGCAACCUCAUCACCGCAACCGCGGCCGUAGCCGGCUUCAGCUCGUUUCUCUUUGGGUUCUUCACCAACAUGCCCGUUUGUCUCGCACCAGGCAUGGGUCUCAACGCGUACUUCGCCUACCAGAUUGUCGGCUUCCAUGGCACCGGCCUCAUCUCCUAUAAUCUGGCACUCACUGCGGUUUUUGCUGAAGGCUUCAUCUUCAUAUUCCUAUCUUUAAUCGGCAUGCGACAGUGGCUCGUCAAGAUUAUACCAGUGUCGCUUAAGAUUGCUGCAGCGUGUGGUAUAGGACUGUUUCUCGCCGAGGUUGGACUGAGCGCCAAUGCAGGUAUUGGUGCAAUUGCAGGCUCAAAGAGUACUCCACUUGACAUAGCGGGAUGUCCAGAUCAGUACAAGGAUGAGUUUGGCUCAUGUACAAGCCACAAGAUGACCUCUCCUACUAUGUGGCUAGGUAUCAUGGGUGGGGGCAUCCUGACAGCUUACUUGAUGACAUACAAGGUCAAGAGUGCCAUGAUCCUGGCCAUCCUACUCGUGUCAAUCAUCUCAUGGCCACGAGGUACAUCAGUCACAUUCUUUCCUUACAACGAGGUUGGUGACAACCGCUUCGAAUUCUUCAAGAAGGUGGUCGACUUUCAUCCCAUCAAUCGCACUUUGAACGCUCUGGACUGGGACGUCAACCGGGCACCUGGCCACUUCGCCCUCGCCCUCUUCACUUUCCUCUAUGUGGACAUCAUCGACUGCACAGCUACACUUUAUUCCAUGGCACGUUUUUCCGGCGUGGUGGACGCGGAGACUGGAGAUUUUCCACGAUCAACGAUUGCUUAUUGCACGGACGCUUUUUGCAUCUCCAUGGGUGCACUCCUUGGUUGUUCACCUGUGACGGCUUUCAUCGAGAGCGGUGCUGGGAUUGCAGAAGGUGGCAAAACUGGAUUAACAGCCAUGACCUGUGGUGUUUGUUUUCUCAUAUCCAUGUUCUUCGCUCCUAUCUUUGCUUCGAUACCGCCAUGGGCUACUGGAAGCACAUUGAUCCUGGUUGGCUGUCUCAUGAUGCGACAAAUCUCCUCGAUCAAUUGGCGGUACAUCGGCGAUGCGAUUCCAGCCUUCGUAACCGUGAUGUUCAUCCCCUUCGGAUACAGCGCGGCCUACGGUCUCAUUGCGGGCUUGAUGGUCUACACUGCACUUAAUGGCAUGAUUUACUUGACCAAGAUUAUCUCCGGCGGCUACAUCGUUCCCGAAGACGAAGAUCACCGCGAAUACUGGACUAUCAAACCCGCUGGCAGACUCCCCUGGUUCAUCACCGCAUCCCAAAGCCUCGCAGAUCGCGUGCGGGGGACUCACACGCCCAAUUCCCGUGACGCGAUUUCCAUUCGAAGCACGGAGUCGGAGUGGAAAUACCACGAUCGGAUUGGCUCAAAUGGAUCCAAUCGCGAGCUUGACUCGGUCGUUAUACAAGCCUUGCCCACAGAUCCUCGCCGGGAGAAGGUUUUCAAGUCGCCGGGGAGAUAA